GUUCGGCAGCCAUGACAACGAAGUUUGAAAAGUUGGAUGGAUGGCAUCAAUGAAGAAAAAGAUUUCCUCCUCUGAAAAGCGCCAGAAGUCUCUGAAAUGCACCGUGUACUUGGACAUUUUGAAAGUUACAUGUCCAGGGGUGCUUCUGCAUGAGAAGAAUGACAUCUACCUGCGUGUGCGCAUCAUGGGCCAAUACAGGAAGACACUGUGCUUACCUCUUGUCUUCCCGUUACGGUUUCACCACAAAAUGUUUUUUGUCAAGACUUUCUCGGGUGUUGUUGACCCUGCUGUUGUCGCUGACCUCCUUGAAGCUGACACAACAGUUUUUGAGCUGAUUCAGUUGGUCCCUCCAGAGGGGGAGCUGUUGGCCACGAUGGAGAAAAACAGCAGAGAUUUCCUGUACCCAGAUCUCACCGUGUUUGACAGAGAAGGAAAAGCAGAGCAAGAGGCCUUCAUGAACAGAUCGUCCACCUUUCCUGGAAUCUCCCCUAAAGUGAAGUUCACCACAACAUCAGUCAUAGAGGAGAGUGAUGGGAGCGACAGUUGGGCUGCUUCACCUACUGGUUGUCUUUCCCCGCUGAGGCCUUCUUUAACCUCAUCUCGCCAAUGUUCAGCAAAAGAGUCCUCAAACAGUGGAUGGUUUUCCAAAGCUGAUCACAAGAACUGUGCCAAAUGGAAGGAGGGAAAGGAAAAACUUCACCUUGAGACCAAAGUCACAAAGAGACACAAUGUGACUAGAGUUAACGCUGGGUACCAACAGCCUACGGUUUCCUCCAGGACACGAUCCCUGUCCCCUUACACUCACCGCAAGAUGUGUGAACUCUCUGAGGACACCAGGCAGAGACUCAGCCACCUCCAGUUGGGGCCUCACCACUUCAGGAAGGAAACCGAGAGCCAGCCACCUUUCCUGGUGUCUGGUUGCAGUAAUACGUCUGUAAUGGGAACACCUUCGUCCGAGCUAAGCAGCAGUGUGUGUAGGCGCUCUGUCACGUUUGCAGAUGGUCACACAGAUUCUUCUCUCCUCGGGAGUUAUCGACCAAGAACAGUUAAAGUGGAGUCGGCUGCAGUGAAGGUCCAGCCGCCUCCUGGGACCUCGUCUAGACACGAACCAUGGAUCAGAAGCCCUGCGAGAGGUUCCACCUCCGUUCAGUCCAGCUUGGCUGUGUCAGACUCCAGCAGCCGCUCCCUCAGAGACAGAUUUCAGACGGGUCCAUCCUACUGGGAGCAGAUCCACAGCAGAGUUCAGAGCAUUCUGCGCACACACAAAACCACUUUGACCCACAGAGUGAGCGAAGACCUUCAACUCGACAGGACUAAAAACAGAAUGCGAAUUACUGAGUUUCUGCCAUGA